UUAGCUACUUCCGUUUUGCUGACAAUUGAAGUGCCAGUCUCCCGCACCAGCGCCCCCUACUGCACAAAAAGUCACAUAAAGAAUUUAUUUGACAAUAUUUUUUGCCGUUUAAAGCUCCACCCCCAGGAAGCAACAGGGCAUUUUGACACCACCUGCCCUACCAGCUCUGGUGGUGGCUGUGGGAAACCUGCAGUGCCCAGCCACCAAGAGAGGCCGCUGUGCUCCAAAAGUGACGAGGUGAGGCUUGCAGAGGAGGCCAGCAAGAAAUAUGGCUCCCCAGCUCCAACUAUCUUCUCCAAAGUGAUUGACAAAAGUCUUCCUGCAGAUAUCAUUUAUGAAGACGAGAAGUGUUUGGCAUUCAGGGAUAUCAGCCCACAGGCCCCUGUUCAUUUCCUGGUUAUUCCAAGGGUACCUAUUCCCAGAUUAAGUGAGGCCAAAGAUGAUGAUGUUGAGCUCUUAGGACAUUUGUUGAUUGUUGCCAAAAAUGUGGCAAAGCAAGAAUCUCUAAGUAAAGGAUACAGAGUGGUGAUCAAUGAUGGAAAGCACGGUUCGCAGUCGGUGUACCACCUUCACAUCCAUGUGCUGGGAGGGAGGCAGAUGGCAUGGCCACCAGGAUAAUGGGUCCGUGUGUAUGUUAAUAUGGCUGAAAAGUUUCAAAUAAUCAAUCAAUUGACAAAAAAGUUAAUCCGCAAUUUUGUUGUGAGGAUUUUUUUGUUUUGUUCAGUUUUCAUAUUUAUUACAUUUUUGAAAUGCUGAUCACAUCUAUGAAAAUGUUGGAAACUGUGAUGGGCAAUUUUUGCAAAUUUUAAAAACAUUUUAUACACCAAACAACUAACUGAUUAAUUUGGGAAACAAUUGGCAAGUUAAUGAUUAAUGGAAAUAAUCAAUGAUGUUUCUCUGUCUUUUCACCUCUGUUUUUCAUGCUACUUAACAUGCUAUUUAAACAGUUCAUAUCUCUACCAAAAAAAAAAGAAAACUCACUUCACCAAAUGAAAUAUGAAAUGUUAAAUAUGUAUAUCUUGGCAAAUAUACAAAGUAAAUGUGAAAGUAAAGAGUAAAUAAAUUGUUUGAUAUGGCUGCAAAUAAACACUAUUUUUCAAAUGGAAAGCUGAAAACAACUCUUCAAUCUGAACUUGUAAUAAAACAGAUUCUCGUCGG